GCGCGGCUUCCCGGGGCCACCUCGUCCUUCUCCGCUUCGCUUACUCUUACAUCACCUUCCAUUUUUAAUUACUCUGCUGUUUCGUAUUGUUUUAUGUCUUCUCCACCAUAUUUUGUAGUUAUUUUUAAAAGAGGUUCGUUAUUUGCCGGCUUUCCCGCUCCCAUACUGCUGAAAACCGAGUCCGGGCUCUCUGGGUGCCGCAAAGUUCCCUCAGGGAGUGGAAACAUCCCGAGCGUGCCCAUUCCCGGCUCUCUGAAACAGCCGCUCCUUCCCCAUCCUGCGGAGAAUCCACGGCAAACCCCGGGGCUCAGCCCACGGGGAAUAUCUGCAGGGGUAGGAGCUGGCUCUCAAGGGAAGUUUUACUCAGAUCUUGACUUGAAAUGUGAGAAUCUGAAUAAUAUAGCGAAGAUGAACCUGACUUUUAUCUUAGGUGAGAUGUAAAGAGCAGUCAGACACCGGUGGUUUUAGGUUUUCUUACUGUUUCUUUUUGUAUUUGCAAAGUUGAAAGACUGGAAAACUGUAGCACUGAAAGUAAGCUCACCUUUUUCUUCUCAAAAUGCUUUUGAGAAACAUCUGUUCUCAAGAAAAAAAACCAACCAAACCCUCUUGCUUAGGAAGAGACCAAAUUUACUUAAUAUAGGUCAAAACCAGGGAUCUAGUUCUAUCUCAGGGUGAGGAAGAAUACACUGUAUCUCAGAAAACUGUACCAUGUUCCAUAACCACCUGAAAAAAAGGCAGGGAGGAAUAUUUAAUUUGAAAGUCAAAUUUCUCAUGUGCUAUCUCCCUUGCGAUGCUGUGGAAAAAAACCUAAUGAUUUCUUCUGAAACUCGUUUCAGAUGAUUGCUCUGGUUAUGGAUUCCUUCACAGAUACUGAUAUCUUCACAGACCUCUUGGAAGCCUGUAGCCAACGGCAAGUUAAAGUGUAUAUCCUUCUAGAUCAGUCUUCAUUUUCCCACUUUCUAAAAAUGUGCAAGGAUCUGGGAGUUGACCUUGAGCAGGAAAAGUUGAUGAGGGUUCGGAUUAUCACCGGGAGCACAUACUGCACCAGGUCAGGUGCCAAAAUCAUUGGAAAAGUCCGUGAAAAGUUCAUGUUAAUUGAUGGCAUUAGAGUGACAACGGGCUCCUACAGUUUUACAUGGACAGAUGGAAAGCUGAACAGCAGUAACAUUUUGAUCCUGUCAGGCCCCACCGUUGCACACUUUGACCUGGAAUUUCGGAUUCUUCAUUCACGGUCAAAGCCUAUCAACCUCAAAGAGUUUUCCAGCUGCAAGAAGAACAGGGUGUGGGACCAGCUGUUCAGGAUAACAGUGGCUUCCAGAGACAUGACCAGGGAACACUUCCUGAGAAUGGAAUUUUUGUAUCUGAGAGCAUUUGUAGGAGAUCUGAAGAGGAAGAGGAGCUGGCUGCAUGCCUCCAGGGAGGCUGUGUACACCCCAAAUAACACGAUGCACACCUCUCCCCCGCUGACUAAGAGGAAUGGCUCCCUGGUUAUGAGGCCACACUGGAUCAUAGAGAGAUGAACUGCAUGUCCAUGCAGAGCAAGCAGCAGAACCUCAGGAACCACGUCCAUCCAUCCCUGUCCAGCACUGUCUUGCAGUGUGUUUGUGAGGGCAGCUGGGAAAGAAACCUCAGACUGAGAGAAAGUGAAACUGGAAUUGUGGCUUUGUUUGAAGAAUACUAUAAAGCCAUUAUUGACUUCUACUAUUCUGUUAAAUUUUCAUUUCUCAGCCUGUUCAUGCAUGUUUUAAGCUGAUAGGUUGGCAGUGUCAUAGCUCAGUAGCUCAACCUUUUUUUUUUUUUUUAACAAAUCUAGGUAUUGAAAUUAAUAUUGCUUGAAAGUCUGUUCCAAGAUGAAAGCAGGCUCUGAAAUCAGUUUUGGUCUUGUGUUGCACAAACUCUUCACCACCUUGUUCAUGACAUGGAACAGGAGUAACCCUAAUCUGGAAACCAGUGGGUUGGUACCCCACUACUACUCCUCAAAUUUAUAUUUUUUUCAUACAAAACUAUGCUGGCAGGCAGAAUAAGCUAAUGUGUUUAGCAGUGACUGUAUUUUACAUGGCCUUUAUAUUAGACUGUUUGGGUUGUUGGACAUCAUGCAAUAAAUGUGUGCAAGUGAUCAUA